AUGGCAUAAUUAACACAUUGCCACUUAAUUAAAAGAAACAUUUUCUCUUGACACCAAGAAUUUGGCGCGCAAAAAAAGAGAUUUAAAAUUCAAAACCAAAACGCAACUGGCAAUGCUGUCAAGCUAGGCUUGUCCAACAGGUGUGUGAGCAGAUCAACCAGCCCUCACCGAUCGACAGAUAGCUUUAGCUAUCUCACUUGCUCUCACUUGAGUUGGCUCUAACAGGCGAUGUAAACAAAGCUGUUGGAAAGUAACAGCAACAGUUGUGAGACCUGCGUCGACGUCGGCAGAGCGAUUAGUCAACUGGAAACACGCCGUUGCCGAGAGCAACAACAACUGGCUCGCUCAAUAACAGAACAGCCAGACAAGAAGAAGAACCACGCUGAAAAAUGUUGAGCGGGGAAAAAGAAUAAAAGUUUUUAAUUUACCUAAAUUGUCUGCCCGUGAAAAAGUGUUUAAUUGGCCCCCUCAAAGCCCAGGCGGAUAUCAGCCAUCCGGCGUGCAGGAUUAGCUGCUCAUUUGCAAUUUGCUAGCCAUGGAAUUCGGUUUGAGAAGCGGACACCGCCCAUUUCGAUUUGGGCUUUCCAGCUGCCUCGUGGCCAUGUACUUGAGCCUCCUUCCAGGAGGAGCACCUGCCCCCCAGGUAGCAACACCUGCCUACUACUACGUGGGCUGCUACACGGCUCGAACGGAUCUGCUCCACGAAUCCGUGUACGCCAAAACGCCGCAGACCUGCAUUGAAAUCUGCGAGCAUCAGGGACACCACUACGCCGUGUUGGCCUCCGAGAAGUGCUUCUGUGCCAAUCUCCUAGAGCCGCAGGAGCUGCAGGACGAUCAGCUGUGCAACACCCGCUGCCUGGCCAACAAAGCGCAGUACUGCGGCGGAAUCGGUGUCCACUCGUACUACUCCACGGCGGUCAGCAAACAGCCGGCUCCGCAUCAUCUGAGGAUAUCCAACCGGACGGAGAACAGCCUGACCCUCCAAUGGGAUGCCUACGAGGCCAGGAAACUGCUCCUGGCCGGCGGCGCAGAGGCAGUGCUACCCAUCCAGCUGCUGGACAACUUCCUGAUCCAGGCUCAGGUUGUGAGGACCUACUCCUCGCUGCCCGCCUUCCCGCAGCCAGAGUUCAUGGUGCAGAGCACGGAAACGCAGUUUGAGCUGACGGACCUGCAGCCUGCCACUAUGUAUAACAUCUCCGUGAGGGCCAAGUGCCGGGUUCCACAACAGACAGGACAAUCGGAGUGUGGUCAGGCCUCCCUGGAGGCCAUUACCGAGGUGGGCGACCCCAGUCCCGCUCCACCUCCGCCUAAAAUCGUUAGCCGCACCGAUCGCACCGUCACUAUAGAGCUGUCACCCAUCCGCAAUGACAACGGACCACUAAGCACACUUCUCAUAAUUGUGGAGUAUGUGGACAAUGCUCUGAGUCAGCCAUUCGAUUCACAGCUCCUCGGGAGCUGGCAGCAGGCGCAGCAGGAUGGGGUGCCCUACUACAUAGCCGCUGAGUUGGACUACGACCGCCCGGAGGACAACCGCACCCGGCACUUUAUAGUGGGCGAUGGCAAGCGGUACGGACGAUUCAGCAACAAGCCGCUGGACCAGCAAAACGCCCAUGUCCACAUCAGUCUGGGAGUGGUGAGCACCCUCGAAGGAGUAACCAAGACGUUGUAUAGCCGUGGAACCCACGACCAGCAUGUGACCUCGUUGGACGACUUUAGCUACGCCACCUUUGACAAGGGUCAGUCCUCGGUGGUUGCACUGGCCGUAACCUGCGUGAUCUUCGGCACUUGCCUCCUGAUCAGCUUGAUUGCCUACUUCUAUCUGCGCUACAAAACUUGCCGCGGGCGAAGAUUAACAAGAGGCAAUACCCACGAGAUGACGCUGCAGACGCCCAUCAUCGAAAGGGAAAACAAUGGCUACCUGGUGGAGGACGAUCCAGUGCCUAACUCGCCGGAAAACUUUAAGCAGCAGUUGCAACAGUUGGUGGAGGGUUUUGAGCGGAUACCGAGGAGUGGCCUGCGGCUAAAUGUGAACGAUGUGAUCGGAGAUGGACGCUUUGGCGAAAUUAUAACAGGAAAGGUUUCGACUAAUGAUUUGGCCAAGGAUUGCACUCUGCACGUACUCUGUCUGGACGAUCUGAAUUCAACUACUCAGGCCCAGUUGCUGAGGGAACUUCGUCAGUUGUCCCACCUUAAGCGGCACGAUCACGUUCUCGAUUUCUAUGGGGUUUCGGCUAGUCCAGAUUGGUUUUACCUAAUUUUCGAGCAGCAGCGUGUGAGUCUCAAGCGGAGAUUGGUGGAAAGUCGCCUGAUGGCACCUUCGCAACGCCUCACUUCACUCUCCGAGCAGCUGGUGCUGCAGUGGAUCUACGAGCUGGCCAGUGCCAUGUCCUAUCUAUUAAGCUGCCAAGUGGUGCACCGCCAGCUCUGCUCGCACAGUGUGUUCGUGACCAGCGGCGAGUCUAAGCUGAAGCUGAGCGUCUUUGGACCGCUGCAAUACAUGAACUCGAGUCGCCAGCAGCCGGAUCAGAGUAGAUGGCUGGCUCCGGAGGUGCUGCGCCACCAGCAUCACCACUCCACCCGCUCCGAUGUGUGGUCUCUGGCCUGCGUGGCCUGGGAAUGCUGCUCCCUGGGCGGCACGCCCUAUGCCAAUGCCGUCGGCACCAACCACCAGCUUCUCGAGGCCAUCCGGGCUGCAGUGCGUCCCGCACAGCCGGCUUACGUGUACGGGGAUCUUUACCAGCUGCUGCUCAACUGCUGGCAGCUGGAGCCGAGCGAGCGCAGCAGCUGCGAGGACGUGGCUUUCGGAGUGCGUCAGCUGAUGACUUCACCACGGCAUGCCCUCAGCUUCGAUCGAGUGGCUGCCGGCGGACUGGACACCCUGCCCCCGUACCUGCCGCAACUGGAAACGAUUGCGGUAAUGGGCUGAUGCUGAGAUGCAGCCGAAUAGAAUAAUUAGCUUUAGUCAGCGAGAGACAAUGUAGAUUUCGGUAAUGAGUCACUCCUGCUAAGAGAAAACAUCUCUUAGAAUACAGUUCAGUAUGGAUUUAGAUAUGUUCACUUGCAAUCGAUUAGGAAUGAAGUUUUGGCUGGCAGAUUCAUUGUUUUAGCGUUUACAAACCAGAUUGAUUUAAUAAAAUCGUUAAGCUUUAAAAAAAGUU